AUGUCUAUGCGGCGGACUCGUAAUGGGCUAGUUUCGAUACCACUUGAGAGGGGUCGAAAAGCAAUGGACUGUAGAUUUAAAAGGCUAUUUUGUGGACAGUCCAGCUUUUUCAACCUUGAUCCUGAGAAUGACUAUCAGGUUAUGCUUCGAACUCAUUCACGUACUGGAUCUUCCCCAAUUUCACAGCAAAGUAUCAAGACUAAGGCCUUUGUAAAGUCUACAGUUAUUCCGUCUGACCCUGAAGAUCUUAAAAUUUCGAAGCUCAGUCAUAAUUCUAUUGAGGUUACGUACAAGCCCCCACAAGAGGGACUUGGUUAUGAAGUUACAUCGCAAGCCCAGGGAUCCAGCACAAGUGUACCUCAGGUUGUGAAGUCAAAAGCUCAAAGCAAGCAGAUUGUGGAGGAGCUGAUAUGCUGUACCACCUACACCAUAACAGUGCACACGAUGAUGAGCAGUUCCAGAUCUAAAGGAGCCAAUGUUAUCGGCACGACGUGUAAGUAA